AUGUUGGUGUUGUCGGGCCGCUUUAAACACCAGAUAAUUUGUUUAAGGAUAACUACCACCGUCACCCUGGCCUCCUCAAGUGAUAUUCGAGAAAAACUGCGAAAGAAAGGGCGUGCAUUGCAAGAAACUUUGGUAAAAAACAGAAAUGAGGACGACGACGUUCAGGCUCUGGUUCCGUCUACCAAGUUGAGUGAGGAGAAACAACAAACCACGAUGAAGGAACCUCAAGACAGCGACGAAGAUGCAGGAGAGACACUGAAACGCACGUUAAGGGCUCAAAGACAGAGGCGGAAGAAAAGGCUGCUGGAACGGUCUGCAGCUCAGGAUGAUGAAGAGAUAUCCAACAUUCAGCCUCACAGUGAAGAUGAGGGGUCAGCUGGGAAGGCAGCUGACCCAGUUGUUUUGUCCAGACCUCCACCUGGUUCUCAGAGAGAUCUCUCCUCAAGAAUUCAGCAUAUUGCUGGCUCUCAGAAUUUAGACAACUCUGUAACACCGGCGCUUGGAAGAGAGACCUGGAGAGCAGCCAGAUCUAAAGGUGAGAGCCUUUCAGCAGGAGGAGGCCCUUGCUUGAGCCAGCCAGUCGCCUACCAGAGCCUCAGAGACAGAGACACUGUAACAAGAGUGGAAGAAGCUCCCCUUGUACGGGAUGAAGAGGAAGAUUUAUUUGUCAUUGAACAGUCGUCCCAAGACUUCCUGGAAGUGAGGAAAGCAGAGUACGUUGGGUACCGAAAACUUAUUCAGAGAGAGAGAGAAAGCGAGCUUUUCUUUACGCCAAGUUUUCGAACAGUUCCAACCUCCAUUAAACUGCCUGAAAACAUGAAGCCUCGUUAUCUAGAGGACGAGGGUCUGUAUGUAGGGGAGAGGCCCCCUGUAUCGCUGACUAAUGAGAACAUUCUGGAGAACCGUAUUUUGAAAAUGGAAGAAGGAAAGAAGUGGUUUGGAGAUGAUGGCAGGAUUAUGGCUCUGCCUGAUCCCAUAAAGGAAUCAUCCACAAGACCCCCUCUCUUCCACAUGGAGGAGGACCUGGAUCCUGCACUGCAGACUGUAUACAGGAAGGCGCUUAAGUCCAAGUAUGCAAAUCUGUACAUCACUGGUGCAGCUGAUCCAGAGGGAGACUACCAGCUGGAUGUUGACGUUUCUGGGCUGAUCUUCUCCCAUCACCCGCUCUUCAGUCGUGAACACGUCCUGGGCGCCCGUCUAGCUCAGCUCUAUGAUCAGUACCUCACCAGGCAGCAUAAUAACCUCACAGGACACCUUACUGAUAAGUUAAAUGGAUUGAGGAGUGCACUGCGGAAUAUGCUCGAGAUCCAUGGCGGACAGAGCCUCACUCAGGCCAUGCAGCAGAGGAUAUCUGAGUACAGUCUGGAGGUUCGAAACACCCGGCAACUGCGAGACAGUGAGCAGGAGAAAGACCGGACUCUUUUGAAGAACAUAGUUAAAGUGUGGAAGGAAAUCAAAGCCCUGAGAGAGUUUCAGAAGUUCACCAACACACCUUACAAGCUCUACCUCAGAAGAGAGACUGUAGACCAGGCUUCAGAUGAGCAGGAAUAUGAGGAUGAAAUCUUUGCAGAGGUUGUGGAAUUGGAGGCUGAGAGUGAGGAGGAUUAUCAGAGGAAGCUGGCUGAGUACAAGAAACAACUGGAGGAGUGGAAGCUCUCAAGAAGAAAACAGAAAGCCAAGAAGAAGAAGAAAAAGAAGAAGAAGAAGGGCCAGGCACAGAACGACACAGAAGAAGAAGAUGAAGACCAGGAGUUGAGCGAAUCAGAGGGACCCCUUGAAGAAGGACCGCCAAAGCCGGAGCCUCCCGAGAAGCCAGACUUUGAUUCCAUAGAGCAGCGAGUCAGAGAGAAAGCCUCCAGGAUACGCAGGAAACCAGGAGAGUCCAUCCUGAUCCCUGAGCUGUCUGCUUCUGGAAACAUCACUGCCAGUGAACUCUGUCCCAAGGCUGAAAUAGCGCGAAGAGAGGAUGUUGCAAGGCGCUCUCUUUUCAUCAAGAUCCUGUACAAUGAUAAAGAGGUUUCCCGAACCGACAGCCGCUCCCUGAACACUGAUUUCAGAGUGCACUUUGGUCAGAUUUUCAAUCUCAAGAUCGUAAACUGUCCCCAAAGUAUCAAUUUGCAGGUAUUUGAGGAGAUUGGAUCAUCGUGUUCCCUCCUGGCUCAAGUGUUCGUCCCAGUGCCAGAACCAUCAGUCUUGACUGGUGGCGUCCCUCUUGAGGAAUUUGAGUUUAGCAGCAACCAGAGGGUGAUGUUUGACCACGAGGGAGUUGGAAGCGAUGUCCCCCUCUCCUUUGAGGCCGAUGGCAGUAACAAACAGACCCUGCUGACCUCUGGUAAGCUGUCAUGCUGUGUUUCCUGGGGAAUCGGGGAGGACGAUGUCCCACUUGCCCCUCCUGUGUCUCAACAACCUGGCGGCAUGCACAG